AUGUCCGCAUCCGUACGAACAGUCAAAGUCGGCGACUAUGAUGCGCUGAGAGAAGAGAUUGGAAAGAUAAUGAAGCAGCCAGGCUAUGACGACGGAUCUGCUGGUCCAGUCCUCGUUCGUUUGGCGUGGCAUGCGUCAGGUAAUUUCAGUUUGGUCGAGCACAAUGGAGGAUCGAAUGGCGCUGGUAUGCGGUUCCCACCUGAGUCUGUCGACCCUGCGAACGCCGGUCUGCACCACGCCAUAUCUUUCCUCCUCCCAAUCCAAGCCGCCAACCCUUGGAUAAGUCACGCCGACCUCUGGACUCUAGCCGGAGUGACAGCCAUCGAACACAUGCGCGGCCCCCGCGUCCCCUGGACACCCGGACGAUCCGAUUACGCCUCCGAAGAAGAAGCCUCCUCCCAUCGCGGGAACGUGGGCGACCGCCUGCCCGACGGGGCGCUCGGCGCGCAGCAUGUGAGGGAUGUGUUUGGGCGGAUGGGGUUCACGGAUCAGGAGAUUGUGGCGCUGAGUGGGGCGCAUGCGUUGGGACGAUGUCAUAAGGACCGGAGCGGAUUUGAUGGACCUUGGGUGGUCAACCCUAUUCGUUUCUCAAAUCAAUACUUCAAGCUGCUCCUCCGCCCAAUUUGGAAGCCUAGAGAAUGGGACGGACCAUUCCAGUACGAAGCUACCGUCGCUGGCACCAAAUUGAUGAUGUUGCCCACCGACAUGGCGCUCGUCGAAGACUCUGCGUUCAAGGGAUGGGUCGAAAAGUACGCCGCCGACCAGGAUCUCUUCUUCAAAGACUUUGCCAACGCUUUCGCCAAACUCAUCGAACUCGGCGUGGACCGAGAUGACACAGGCUUGGCUUCUCUCGCCAAGAAAGCCGCUGAAGAAGGCAGGCCUCUCGAUAAGACUACACCCCCGAAUCGUACUGCCAAGCUCGGGAGUGGCGGGUGUCCAUUCUCUGGGGCGAACGGCGGAGUCAGGAUGGCUGGCGGAGGGUGCCCAUUCUUGGCGGGGCAGAGGAAAUCCGCAAAGCUGUAG